AUGGUUUCACUGCGAUCGAUAUUCACCUCUUCUAUCUUAGCUGCAGGUCUGACAAGAGCUCAUGGAAGCUCAGGAAAGACUUGCCCUACUUCUGAGGUCUCUCCUGCCUGUUAUGCCAAUCAAUGGGAAACAACGUUUCCUCCUUCCGACAUAAAAAUUACUGGGGCUACUUGGGUGCAAGACAAUAUAUACGAUGUGACCCUCUCUUAUGAAGCAGAGUCGUUGGAGUUAGAGAAUCUGACUGAGCUCAAGAUUAUUGGUCUUAACAGUCCUACAGGUGGUACAAAGCUCGUUUGGUCCCUAAACUCGAAAGUAUACGACAUUGACAACCCAGCAAAAUGGACCACAACUCUAAGAGUUUAUACAAAGAGUUCAGCGGAUGAUUGUUACGUCGAAAUGUACCCAUUCCAGAUUCAAGUUGACUGGUGUGAAGCUGGUGCUUCUACUGACGGAUGCAGCGCAUGGAAGUGGCCUAAGAGUUACGACUAUGAUAUUGGAUGUGACAACAUGCAGGACGGUGUUUCAAGAAAACACCACCCUGUCUACAAAUGGCCAAAGAAGUGCUCCUCCGACUGUGGUGUUGAACCAACUACAUCUGAUGAGCCUGAAGAGCCAACUACAUCUGAGGAGCCUGUAGAACCAACUUCCUCUGAUGAAGAGCCAACUACCUCUGAGGAGCCAACUACUUCCGAAGAGCCUGAAGAGCCAACCACUUCUGAUGAACCUGAAGAGCCAACUACAUCUGAGGAGCCUGAAGAGCCAACCACUUCUGAGGAGCCUGAAGAACCAACNACNUCUGAAGAGCCAACUACAUCUGAAGAGCCUGAAGAGCCAACCUCCUCCGAUGAGGAGCCAACCACUUCUGAUGAACCUGAAGAACCAACUACAUCUGACGAGCCUGAAGAACCAACCACUUCUGAAGAGCCAACCACUUCUGAGGAGCCUGAAGAGCCAACCACUUCGUCAGAAGAGCCAACGCCUUCCGAGGAGCCUGAAGGUCCUACUUGCCCCACUUCUGAGGUCUCUCCUGCCUGUUAUGCCGAUCAAUGGGAAACAACCUUCCCUCCUUCCGACAUAAAAAUUACUGGUGCUACUUGGGUAGAAGACAAUAUAUAUGAUGUGACCCUCUCUUAUGAAGCAGAGUCAUUGGAGUUAGAGAAUCUGACUGAGCUCAAGAUUAUUGGUCUUAACAGUCCUACAGGUGGUACAAAGGUUGUUUGGUCCUUGAACUCCGGCAUAUAUGACAUUGACAACCCAGCAAAAUGGACCACAACUCUAAGAGUUUAUACAAAGAGUUCAGCGGAUGAUUGUUACGUCGAAAUGUACCCAUUCCAGAUUCAAGUUGACUGGUGUGAAGCUGGUGCUUCUACUGACGGAUGCAGCGCAUGGAAGUGGCCUAAGAGUUACGACUAUGAUAUUGGAUGUGACAACAUGCAGGACGGUGUUUCAAGAAAACACCACCCUGUCUACAAAUGGCCAAAGAAGUGCUCCUCCAACUGCGGUGUUGAACCAACUACAUCUGAUGAACCUGAAGAGCCAACGACUUCUGAGGAACCUGAAGAGCCAACUACAUCUGAGGAGCCUGAAGAGCCAACUUCCUCCGAUGAGGAGCCAACUACUUCCGAAGAGCCUGAAGAGCCAACCACUUCUGAUGAACCUGAAGAGCCAACUACAUCUGAGGAGCCUGAAGAGCCAACCACUUCUGAGGAGCCUGAAGAACCAACCACUUCUGAGGAACCUGAAGAGCCAACUACCUCCGAUGAGGAGCCAGGAACUACCGAGGAGCCUUUAGUGCCAACUACUAAGACAGAAACGGACGUCUCAACUACCUUGUUGACUGUCACUGAUUGUGGAACCAAAACCUGCACCAAGUCUUUGGUCAUAACUGGAGUUACCAAGGAGACUGUCACUACUCAUGGAAAAACUACUGUUAUAACUACUUACUGUCCUUUGCCAACAGAAACAGUUACGCCAACCCCAGUCACCGUUACUUCUACCAUUUAUGCUGACGAAAGUGUCACUAAGACCACCGUCUACACCACUGGUGCCGUUGAGAAGACAGUUACCGUUGGAGGUUCUUCUACUGUUGUCGUAGUCCACACACCAUUGACAACUGCAGUGGUGCAAAGCCAGUCCACUGAUGAAAUCAAGACCGUUGUCACUGCCCGCCCAUCUACCACCACUAUUGUGAGAGAUGUGUGUUACAACAGUGUUUGCUCAGUUGCUACAAUAGUUACUGGUGUCACAGAAAAGACCAUAACCUUCAGCACUGGAUCAAUUACCGUUGUUCCAACCUAUGUUCCACUGGUGGAAUCUGAAGAACAUCAAAGAACAGCUUCAACCUCUGAAACCAGAGCUACCAGUGUUGUUGUACCAACUGUUGUAGGACAAUCAUCAAGUGCUUCUGCUACUUCCUCCAUCUUCCCAUCAGUCACCAUCCAUGAAGGUGUCGCAAAUACUGUGAAGAAUUCUAUGAUAUCCGGAGCAGUUGCACUUCUCUUCAAUGCAUUGUUCCUAUAA